UUGCGUCCCCACCUCCGGCGUGGCGCAUGGCCUGCCGGGAGCGGGCUGGGAGGUGGCGGCCUGGCCCAAUGGGUGCGGGCUCCCGAGGAGAGGGCGGAGGAGAAGAGGAAGCCAGCGGGCUGUGGGCCCCAUCCCCAUUCAUUGCAGUGGCCUGCUGGGUCGGGGUCCCGUGUUUUCCGAGUCAUGGAGGCGCUAAUCCCGGUCAUCAAUAAACUGCAGGACGUCUUCAAUACGGUGGGCGCCGACAUCAUCCAGCUGCCUCAGAUCGUCGUGGUGGGAACGCAGAGCAGUGGAAAGAGCUCGGUGCUGGAAAGCCUUGUGGGGAGGGACCUUCUUCCCAGAGGGACUGGUGUGGUCACCCGGAGACCUCUCAUUCUGCAGCUGGUCCAUGUGUCACCAGAGGAUAAACGAAAAACAACAGGAGAAGAAAAUGACCCUGCUACAUGGAAAAACUCAAGACACCUUUCUAAAGGAGUUGAAGCAGAAGAAUGGGGUAAAUUUCUUCACACCAAAAACAAGCUUUACACAGAUUUUGAUGAAAUUCGACAAGAAAUUGAAAAUGAAACUGAAAGAAUUUCAGGAAAUAAUAAGGGAGUAAGCCCUGAACCAAUCCAUCUUAAGGUUUUCUCACCCAAUGUUGUCAAUCUGACACUUGUGGAUUUACCAGGAAUGACCAAGGUACCUGUAGGUGAUCAGCCAAAGGAUAUUGAGCUUCAAAUCAGAGAACUCAUCCUUCGGUUCAUCAGUAAUCCCAACUCCAUUAUCCUCGCAGUCACUGCUGCCAACACAGAUAUGGCGACAUCAGAGGCACUCAAGAUUUCCAGAGAGGUGGAUCCAGAUGGGCGCAGAACUCUAGCUGUAAUCACCAAACUUGAUCUCAUGGAUGCGGGUACUGAUGCCAUGGAUGUAUUGAUGGGAAGGGUUAUUCCAGUCAAGCUUGGAAUAAUUGGAGUAGUUAACAGGAGCCAGCUAGAUAUUAACAAUAAGAAGAGUGUAACUGAUUCAAUCCGUGAUGAAUAUGCUUUUCUUCAAAAGAAAUACCCGUCUCUGGCCAACAGAAAUGGAACGAAGUAUCUUGCUAGGACCCUGAAUAGGUUACUUAUGCAUCAUAUCAGAGAUUGUUUACCAGAGCUGAAAACAAGGAUAAAUGUCUUAGCUGCCCAGUAUCAGUCUCUUCUGAAUAGCUAUGGUGAACCCGUGGAUGAUAAGAGUGCUACUUUACUGCAGCUUAUCACCAAAUUCGCCACUGAGUACUGUAACACUAUUGAAGGAACCGCAAAGUACAUUGAAACUUCGGAGCUAUGCGGUGGUGCUAGGAUUUGUUAUAUUUUCCAUGAGACUUUUGGGCGAACCUUAGAAUCUGUUGACCCACUAGGUGGCCUUAACACUAUUGACAUUUUGACUGCCAUUAGAAAUGCUACUGGUCCCCGUCCUGCUUUAUUUGUGCCUGAGGUUUCAUUUGAGUUACUGGUCAAACGGCAAAUCAAGCGUCUAGAAGAGCCCAGUCUCCGUUGUGUGGAACUGGUCCAUGAGGAAAUGCAGAGGAUCAUUCAGCAUUGUAGUAAUUACAGUACACAGGAAUUGUUACGGUUCCCUAAACUUCAUGAUGCCAUAGUUGAAGUAGUGACUUGUCUUCUUCGCAAAAGGUUGCCUGUUACAAAUGAAAUGGUGCAUAACUUAGUGGCAAUUGAGCUAGCUUAUAUCAACACAAAACAUCCCGACUUUGCUGAUGCCUGUGGGCUAAUGAACAAUAAUAUAGAGGAACAAAGAAGAAACAGGCUAGCAAGAGAACUGCCUUCAGCUGUAUCACGAGACAAGUCUUCUAAAGUUCCAAGUGCUUUGGCACCUGCCUCCCAGGAGCCCUCCCCUGCCGCUUCUGCUGAGGCUGAUGGCAAGUUAAUUCAGGACAGCAGAAGAGAAACUAAAAAUGUUGCAUCUGCAGGUGGUGGGAUUGGAGAUGGUGGUCAAGAACCAGCAACAGGCAACUGGCGAGGAAUGCUGAAAACUUCAAAAGCUGAAGAAUUACUUGCGGAAGAAAAAUCAAAACCAAUUCCAAUUAUGCCAGCAAGUCCACAGAAAGGCCAUGCUGUCAAUUUGCUGGAUGUGCCAGUUCCAGUUGCACGAAAACUGUCUGCCCGUGAACAGCGAGAUUGUGAGGUUAUUGAAAGACUCAUCAAAUCAUACUUUCUAAUUGUCAGAAAGAAUAUUCAAGACAGUGUCCCAAAGGCAGUGAUGCAUUUUUUGGUUAAUCAUGUGAAAGAUACUCUUCAGAGUGAAUUAGUAGGACAGCUGUAUAAAUCUUCCUUAUUAGAUGACCUUUUGACUGAAUCUGAGGACAUGGCACAGCGUAGAAAAGAAGCAGCUGAUAUGUUAAAGGCAUUACAAGGAGCCAGUCAAAUUAUUGCUGAAAUCCGAGAGACUCAUCUCUGGUGAACAGAACUGUUUAACACCCAGACUUUGUUGACUUGAACCUGCUAGCUACUGCCUACCUGAGUAGAAGUUUAUUUAUGAACUCUUAUGUAUUGCAGUGUAUGAAUUUGCUCGUGUGAAGACUGGCUAUAUACAAGCUGAAAAGUAUACUCUGCAUUACAAAACAAAUCACAUUUAAUUCACAUUUUUAAAGUUUCCUGUGAUACAUGUAUAUCAAGUCUAUGUCUGUUUCAGUCAAACUUACAAGAACAAUUGAUAUUCUAGUUGUACAAAGCAGUUUGCGUGUGGAUAUGAUGACCCAUGUAACUUUUUUUUAGUCUUAAAGCUGCAACCGUAGUCCAGAAAGGAAGCUCCAGGACAUUUCAUGACUAUAAUGCAUGCACUAUUAUAUAGACUGAUUGGGCUCUAAAAGAUGGAGCUUGGCAAGUUCCUCACAUAAUCAAUGUAUCCACUUAUCCUUCAUUUUCAUAGUCUUAAAAAACAAAAUGCUAUAACCUUUGCUGUUUUAAGAAAUGUGUAAGAGCUGAAGGACUUAAAGAUGUAGGAACAGGCUGUGUAGUUAAUGGUUUAUCCAAUUCUGAGUCUACACUGCCCUCGUGUAUUAAAAAUUAAAAUAUACUUUGAUUCAUAAUUAAGCCUGAAGACAUAAAUUGACUUCCUGCAUUAAAAACAACUAUUGGGAAUUUACUUGGUAACAAUGGCCGGUCAUUUUAUUUCUAAAAGAUCCAAUGAUGACCUAAAUUUCCCUUAGUUUACAAAUAAGAGUAACAGCAAUUCAGAUACACCCUUAAAGCAUUGGGCUCUAAGACUCAAGUGAGGUAGGACCUAAAAUUCUACUCUGUACACAUUAGUAAUGGCCACUUUAGUUCCAUACCAAGAGAAAACAUUCGAAUAAUGGUAUGAAACCACUAGUGGAACUUGGUGACUUAAAGAGAAACACUUGGACAUACACAUACACCUAAAAGCUUAUAGACUAUUAAACUGUAUUCAUAGGUUGAGGGUCAUGUUUACAAACUGAAAAUUGUCUGGGCAAUUCAUGGUAUAAACAGCAUUAAAAAUUUUUCAGUCCUAAGUGAAAAUCUUCGGUGUAUCUAGUUCUGUCUCUAACCAAAUAAUACAUUAGUGUCAAAAAUAUUAAAAUUUCUUUUCAGGUUAUACCCGGGCAUUUUAUGAAGUAUUAUUAGCAAGGAAAACAAGAACAUGUUAUCUUUAGUUUAAGAUACCCACUUAAUAAUCUCAAACACAAAAAGGUCCACUUCAGUCUGAUGAUAAUGUGUUAAUAGUACCAGCUUGACAGUGAGUGCACACUGCCUAAGUAUGUUAGCACUUAAAAAAGUACCCUGCCAUUCAACUAUUAGGUAUCUAUGAUUUAUUUCUUAAGAGAGAUGACUACCACUGUAGCCUUCUGAAUUUGUAAGGGGGGAAAUGCACCUUUACCCAACAUUUCAAAUAGAUUUUAAAUGGAAGAUAUUAGCUUUAAAAAUGUGCUACCAUAGUGUACUUGUUAGCACUACACACUUUGUACAAAGAAAACAGAAGCUGCUUUUGUGUGCUUUUACACCGAGCUGUGUUCUGAAACAGGAGAUAAUCUCUGGCAUAUUUAUAAGACCACUGUAUGUUCUUUCUGUGUAAAUAAAGCUGCUGGUAUGAAAUGACAUUAAAGUUUGCCAAUAAAUGACUUUUUCCAGA